AAACUGCCUCUUACUUAAAUCUCCUUAUUGCUCACAUUUAGAACAUAGAAACAGCUAAACAGGGAUUUGCUUUAGAUCUUUGGGAGGAAGACCUGUGAGUAGACAAAAGUAGAGUUGGGAUGUGUAGGACUGUUUGGUGGGAAGCAGAAUAAUGCAAACUGCUCCCCUGUCCAAAGUCAAAUUGUGUGCGCUCCCCACAAGUGGACACAGUGCCUUCUCUGUCUUAAUUACCAACAGCCAUGUAGUGGCUCAGUAAGAAUUCUGUGUUCCAGUCAUUAAAAAAAUAAAACAGAAAUUUCUGGUGCUAAGUUAAGAAUUAGAACACAAUUUAUGGAUCAGUUUGCCAGCCAAUUUUCUCCACGUUCAACAUCAGAACAUGCAAAAACAAAAAACAAACAAACAAACAAAAACACGUUUUAAAAUCAUCAUCAGUGGUGGCAUAAUCUUACACUGUAUCACCUUCAUUCCAAUUACCCCAGUGUUGCAAAUGGAAGCAGAGUCUCAUGUGAUCGUCUGAGAUAAGGAUGAAGAACUGAAAGACAAACAAGUGACUCACUUUAAUGGAUUUGCUUCAGACAGGAGAAACCUGUAAUUUCUCUUAGGCGUGCUUCAUGGACCCAUAGCGGAGUGAAUCACAGACUUGCACAAGCCUUGAAACUGUGGGCAGCUUUACAGUUCUCAGACUGGCUUCUCACAAGUGGUCAGUUCUCACUGGGGCCUCUUGGACUUCUAUUUCAAAAAUGGAGAAGACAGAUCACAGCCACUGACUGGGGGCUGUGGGAGGUGCCACGUGAUGGUGGGGCACCAUGCUGGGGAGCUGAAUGCUGACCUUCCUGCUGGGUGAUUCUCCACCUCUGGGCUACUAGAUCUGCUUCCUGGAUGUCGUGAAGAUCCUCAUGUAUGAAAAUGAAGUCCCAGGCAACCAUGAUUUGCUGCUUAACGUUCUUUCUGUCCACAGAAUGUUUCCACUAUAGAUCCAAGAUUCACAUAAAAGCUGGAGAUAAACUUCAAAGCCCUGAAGGGAAACCCAAGUCUGGAAGAAUCCAAGAUGAAUGCCAUGGACCUUGCAUCUCUUCCUCCAACUGCAGCCAGCCCUGUGCUAAGAACUUUCACGGAGAAAUAGGAUUUACAUGUAAUCAAAAAGAGUGGCAAAAAUCAACUGAAACAUGUACAAGCCUUUCUGUGGAAAAACUCUUUCAGGACUCAAGUGUGGAAUCUCGCCUUUCAGUAGCAGCACCGUCUAUACCUCUGCACGUUCUAGACUUUCGAGCUCCCGAGAUCAUUGAGAGCGUAGCUCAAGGAAUCCGCAAGAACUGUCCCCUUGAUUAUGCCUGCAUCAUUGAUGUUGUGAAAUCAUCAGAAACAACAUCUGGAAAUAUUGCAUUUAUAGUGGAGUUAUUAAAAAAUAUUUCUACAGACUUGUCAGAUAAUGUUACUCAAGAGAAAAUGAAGAGCUAUAGUCAAGUGGCCAACCACAUCCUCGACACAGCAGCCAUUUCAAAUUGGGCUUUCAUUCCCAACAAAAAUGCCAGCUCGGAUUUGUUGCAGUCAGUGAAUUUGUUUGCCAGGCAACUCCACAUCCACGACAAAUCUGAGAACAUUGUGAAUGAACUCUUCAUUCAGACAAAAGGGUUUCACCUCAACCAUAAUACCUCAGAGAAAAGCUUCAAUUUCUCCAUAAGCAUGAACAGUACCACAGACGAUAUCUUAGGGACGGUACAGAUUCCCCAGCAAGAGCUAAGGAAGCUGUGGCCAAAUGCAUCCCAAGCCAUUAGCAUAGCUUUCCCAACCUUGGGGUCUAUCCUGAGAGAAGCCCACUCGCAAAAUGUGAGUCUUCCCAGACGGGUAAAUGGUCUGGUCCUAUCAGUGGUUUUGCCAGAAAGGUUGCAAGAAAUCGUACUCACCUUUGAAAAGAUCAAUAAAAGCCACCAUGCCAGAGCCCAGUGUGUUGGCUGGCACUCCAAGAAAAGGAGAUGGGAUGAGAAUGCCUGCAGAAUGACACAGGAUAUCAGAAACAAAGUGAAAUGCCGCUGUAACUACAACAGUGCGGUGAUGUCUUUUUCCAUUCUAAUGUCCCCCACGUCGAAGACGGACAAAGUUCUGGACUACAUCACCUGCAUCGGGCUCAGCAUCUCAAUCCUAAGCUUGGUUCUUUGCCUGAUCAUUGAAGCCACUGUGUGGUCCCGGGUCGUUGUGACGGACAUAUCAUACAUGCGUCACGUGUGCAUCGUGAAUAUAGCAGUGUCACUUCUGACUGCCAAUGUGUGUUUUAUCAUAGGCUCUCACUUUAACAAUGGGGUCCAGGAUUACAACGUGUGUGUUGCAGUGACGUUUUUCAGCCACUUUUUCUACCUCUCUCUGUUUUUCUGGAUGCUCUUCAAAGCACUGCUCAUCAUUUAUGGAAUAUUGGUCAUUUUCCGUAGGAUGCUGAAGUCCCGAAUGAUGGUCAUUGGCUUCGCCAUUGGCUAUGGGUGCCCGUUGAUCAUUGCUGUCACCACAGUUGCUAUCACAGAGCCAAAGAAAGGCUACAUGAGACUCGAGGCCUGUUGGCUUAACUGGGUCAGUACCAAAGCCCUUUUGGCAUUUGCCAUCCCGGCGUUGGUCAUCGUGGCUGUGAAUCUCAUCGUGGUUUUGGUUGUUGCUGUCAACACUCAGAGGCCCUCUAUUGGCAGUUCCAAGUCUCAGGAUGUGGCCAUAAUUAUGAGGAUCACCAAAAAUGUUGCCAUUCUCACCCCACUGCUGGGACUGACAUGGGGCUUUGGAAUAGCCACUCUUAUAGAAGAUACUCCCUUGAUGUUCCAUAUCAUUUUUGCCUCACUCAAUGCUUUCCAGGGUUUUUUCAUCCUGCUGUUUGGAACCAUUAUGGAUCACAAGAUAAGAGAUGCUUUGAGGGUGAGGAUGUCAUCACUACAAGGGAAAUCAAGGGCAGCUGAGAAUGCAUCCCUAAGCCCAACCAAUGGAUCUAAAUUCAUGAAUCUUCAAGGAUGAAAUGCUGCCCCAUUUCUCAUGGACGUCCUGGGACCGAGAGGGGAGAUCCAGGAGAAAGGGGAUACAGAAAGCAGGCUGGAGUGAGGAGGAAUGGUCAUGCUUCCUUGGAAGACUUUCUCUUCUUGUCAGGAGUGACUCCCAAGCUCUCAGUCGGCCAGAAGAAAAAUUGAGGAUUUCAUUUGCUUACUGGGCUUUAAGAAGGGUGAUUCAUGAACCCUUUGAUCUACCCGUGCCCUGCAAGAUGCUGGCUUCUUGGUCAAUCUUGGCUAGAUUAAAAGCCAACCUGCAAGCCAUUUUACAGUCUCCGUGGCCAGCUGGGGGCUGUGGCCCUGCUGGGCUGGGUCUGCUUUCACUCCUGAGGCCUGCUCUGUGGCUCCGUGUCUCAGUCCUCAGUCCUCCAUCACUCUGUGUGGAUCCUGGGUGCUUUGGACAAUGAGGGUUAGAUCCAAUUUCAGGGGUAGGGUUGGGGGUGGGAGUGGGAGUACGGGGUGGCAGGAGGAACAUUGAGUCUACUUUGGAGACAAUUAAGUCAUGGUAUGUUUCCUGAAUGGGGAACAGAAGAAAGUAAGAGAACUGUUUAAUAUGCUGAUUCUUUUAGUCUAUUCUACACCUUGAGUAAACUAAUUUAGCUUCUAGGAUCCAAAUUUCUUUAUUUGCGAAACAGGAAAAAAAAAUUCUUGUAGGUAUUACUAUUUGUGUGUUUGUGUCUACGUGCAGGGGUGUGUGCGUGUGUGUGUGUGUGUGUGUGUGUCUUUCAAAAAUGCUAUAGAAGAUUCUGGUUAUUUUAGAUAUAAAAAUGAAUAUAUGGACCUCUCCCAACUUG